UUCAGCACUUUCAGUUUAAUUUUAAUGAAGUUUACAAGUCGCAAAAGAACAUAAUGGGUGCGAAAUGGAAGGAAGGAGUAUGUGCAGCAAUAAAAGAAUAUGGUAAACCUUUGACCUCCGAGAUGGCUGACGAUGAACUCAUACAGUUCGCCAUAGAUGGGUUUCAAGGACUAACGCAAGACGAAAACGACGUCGAAGCCUUGUGCAGGAAACUUCCGCCGUUUGUAAAAUUGGUUUUAAUUUCACGAAAGUACGUUGAAUGGAAGAGAAUCGAUAGACCGAAGAAUGUUGGGAAUUUAAAGACGUUUUCUAGUUUCAAGGAAAUGAUCAACUCGCUUUGCAUUGCUUGUUACUGUUACAAGCCGCAGUACGACCAUCCACUCUACGAGGGGAAAGUCUGCUAUGACUGUUAUGAUAAAUUAAAAAACACUAUUAAUGUUCUGGACGACGAAGGACUUUAUAUAUUUUGCUUCAUAUGUGGAAAUUCGUCCAAAGUUCACAGCUGCAUACAACAGAAUUGCCAAAGAAUAUACUGUACCCCAUGCAUUCAAAAUUUAAUGAAGAAGAAGAAAAUUGGAAAAUAUUUGGAAUGCAACUUAUGUACACCUUCCAAUGAGAAUACUAUAAUUCGUAAAAGUGAUUGGCUUUACCAGAUGCAGGUAUUCUUUCACCCAACGAUUAAAACCGUUCAUUUGAGGACUAUGUACGAUGUGAAACGAGUAAUGUUCAUAGUUUGCGACAAUCUCCAUGGAUUCGAAAAAAUAUUUCCACAUUACCACAAAAUACCAUUCAAAAGCAUCGAGAAAGGAAUAUUUGGUUUAUACAGCUGCAAGGAAAACUCGAGUUUCCCAGAUUACAGAAUAUUUUGGGAUACGUUUCAAGAAAAAGAUGAUUUCACGUUGAACGAUUACUGCAAUGUUGAUAUGGAUAAAAUCAACGAAUUAGGACCGACUGAUCUACUUAUGGGUGGAUUAUCGUUAAAUGAGAAGAUUUUCAGUUGA